CCUCCUCCAGCUGCUGAUGGUCUGCUCAUUCUCCUCAGUGAGAGGACAGCACACACACUCCUUCACAACCAGCCUCCUUCUCUCACAUACACUCGUGUAUGAAACUUUUCCGAAAGUAUGUUCAAAGCUGGAUAUACCUCGAGCGGCACAGAUUUCUGGAACAUCUGAACAAUUUGAGCACUCAGUUGAGGAGAAGGAAGAUCAACCAGCGUUAAGGUAUGAGGUGUGCUUGAAUAAGCCACUGAGGAGGGGUUUUUCCUCUUGACACCGAAAGCGACUGAAGUUUUGCACAUCAACAAUGAGUCUUAAGAAGAGAAAACCAAGCAUGGUGUUCAACUGGCACAAGUCGUUUGCUAUCCUUGCCCCUUGGAGAAAAGGUAAAGGGGACAUUGUUUUAGAGAAUGAAGUUGUACUAACAAAAAUGAAGCUCCUCAACAACUUCCCUGAGAAACUACUAAAUGUUGAGGAUUCCAUUUCAACCAUCUCCAUUUCAAUGUCUGAGCAGGAUAACAGAGAGCCUCUCCAGGCUGACGAGGUGAUCUCCAUCCACAGCGCUGCUCCAGAUACAACUGUGACUGAAUCAAAAACAGACUAUCUAUCUUCGAUUUUUGCUGAUUCUGAGCUUCAAAGAUUGUAUAAGUUUGAAUCUGAGGACUCUGGGGUAGAGAUGACUAGUGGAGCGACUUCCCCAUCCACCCCAACUGGUUCAGAGCAAAGCUUUGUGGUCCACAGUAGAGGGUCUUCAUGUGACUCUGGCAAUCUGACCUCUCAUGCACAUACUGACAAUCCUCUUGAAGACAGUUCAGUCUUUUUGGAAACUGAACAAAUGUCUUGUAAAUGUGCUGAACAAGAUACUCUUGCCAUUCUGGGAGACAGAAGAGAGGAUGAGAAUGCUGAUAAUGAUUUAAUAGACCUGAUAGCAGAUUCAGAGAGGUCCGAGGACAGAACCCUGAGGAAUACCAUGGAGAACUGUGAAGAUGAAAUUGAAAUCAUAUCAGCACAGGUGGAAAUAACAGGCACUCCAAUGGCUGAGGACACGAUGUCAAGGAACCAGUGUUCUAUUGAAGCUUACGAUGGCGAAACAGGACCUGAAUUUCAGCAACAGCCUUUGAGGAAAAGCACAACCAGCGACAGCUUGGAUGAGUACAUGGAAGAGUGCUGCAGGCUAAGUGAGGUAGACAUAACAGUUUACAUGUCUUUUAUUGUUAUAUACUUGACAUCAUGCAGUUAUGUCUGCUUUUAUAUAAACAACAAUGGCAUAUAUCAAGCAUUUAAGUGUGAUAUAAACAAGAACCUGCUCUGUUUUACCUCACUGCUAUGAAUUACACAGAAUUUACUUGGGAGAAUUAUGUUUUUAGUCUUUUCUAAAGAUAAUGUAUUUUUGCUGAAAAUCAAAAACAAAGGCGUGUACUGUAAAAACAGUUACAGAUAUGUAGAAAUGUCUAUCAAAUAGAAGUAAACAUCUGAAGUGGUGUUUACCUAU